AUGACCGUUGGUGGGGCUAGAUCGAUUAUGGUGGUUCUUGGACACUGGAGCGAUGGGCUGCUAAAGAGCAUACGUGUGGGAGUGGCUACUCGGAAACAAUGUGCAAAGAGGAGGGAUGACCGAUUAGAGGCUGAAGCAAAAGGCGACGCACGCGAGUAUGACGUCCGGACGUUGUUGGGGUCGAAACGCUACUUGGAGGAGAUGCGAGAGUUGGAUCGCGCAUCCGAAGAUGUCAAGAUGCCAUUAAUAAGAGGUAGGGAGAGUCUGGAUGUACUGACCGGAGUUGUGGGAGGCCACCUGGUUUGA